UGUGACUUACCUAGAGAAAUCGGUCCAUGUCGGGGAUUGUUUAAACACUAUUACCAUAAUAACAUUGAGAACAAAUGUAGUAAAUUUUAUUAUGGGGGUUGUAGAGGAAAUGGCAACAGAUUUUUGACUAAGGAACAAUGUGAAGCCACGUGUUUUUGUAUUUUUCCAGGUGCAAUCUGUGACUUGCCACCAAAUAAGGGUCCAUGUAAGGGGUACCUCCGCAGCUAUUACUAUAACGGAACUAAGAAGGAAUGCUCUGUUUUUAUCUAUGGUGGUUGUAAAGGAAAUGAUAAUCGGUUUCCUACUAAGAGAGCCUGUGAGUUCGCCUGCAAAUGA